AUGCAGAGAGUCACAAUUUUCAAAGUGGUCAUUUCCACUUUAUUGAUCACUUCAUUGGUCUUUUCAUCCUUGUGUCAAGGUCAAUUCUAUGGAGGUUUUCCCUAUGGUACAGGAGGAAAUCCAUUCGGAGGCUAUGGUGGAGUCAUUAAUAGUCUUCCUUACUUACCUUCAAGUGGUAGUUCAUUUGGUUAUCCAGGCUAUGGCUACAGUAGUGGUCCAUAUUCAUCCUAUGGAAGUGGUAACAAUCCAUAUGGAUACUCUUCAGCUGGCAAUCCUUACACUGCCAAUUACAAUAGCAAUGGAGCAGGUAACAAUCAACAAAGACUUCGAUUCAACGGACAAAUCUAUGGUUUCAAUCCAUUCUAUCAUUGUGCUAAUUUGGUUGGUGUUGAUUUGGAAUAUGUUGGAAAUUGUGCUCGACUCUUGAGUGGAGCUGGUAGUGGUGCUUCUUCCACGGGUGGUAAUCAAAAUUUCAAUCCUCUCUUUGAUCCUAUUACUGGAGUCAAUACGAAUACCUUGUUUGGAUCAGGAGGAAAUCCAUUCCAACAACAACAACAAUCAAAACAAGCAGGACAAGAUCAACAAGCUAAAUUAGAAUUAUUUGCUGCUUACUUUGCCAAUCAAACCAGAGAACAUCUCUCUAGCUUGGGCUCUCAUGCUCAAUAUGGUCCUCCAGGUGCUAAUGAUUUGGUAUCGGGCCUUGUAGAUGCUGCUGAUCGAUUAUAUGCUGCUGCUGUUGCUAAGAAGUGGUCCGAUUUUUCUCAAGUCUAUCAAACUCUUGAUAACUCUCUUUCAAGAAUUUCCUAUUUGGCAUUGAGUCAACAAGUAUCAUCCACUCCAUACUCACCCAUUGCACAACAACAAGGCGCAGCAGGUCAACAAGUAGGAAGCGGUGCUCCACAACAACAAUUCCAAAUUCCUCAAGCACCUCAACCACCUCAAUUCCAAAUUCCUCAAUUGGGAACUCAACAACAAGGAGCUCAACAACAAGGUGCUGGUCCAGUGAAUGGUGCUUUCAAUAUUCCAAACAUUCCUAAUAUUCCUAAUUUGCAACAACAACCAACAACCUUCUCAAUUCCAAAUAUUCCUAAUGUUCCUAAUCCAGCUCAAGCCUUCUUUGCUCCUCAACAACAAGGUGCAGCAAGUCAACAACAAGGUAGUGGACAACAGGGAGGAAGCACUCAACAACAAGGUAGUAGUCAGAAACAACAAGGUGAUGGCGGUGGUCAGCAAAAUGGACAACAAACCCAACAGCAAAGCCAAACACAACAAACUCAAACCCAACAACAAGAACUAGUGUGA